AGCAGCUGUGGAGUGGAAACAGUGUCAGACUCGAUCCGUUCUCCUCUUCCUUAGAGGGAACCUGUCACUUCUAGCUGCCCUGCUCUCCCUUUUAAAGGGCAACUUGUCCCACAUUGGACCUCAGCUCCAGCCUGCUCCCACCUCGGGCUCAGCUGGUCCAUCACCCUGUCCGCGCUUCUGCCAGUCCCCUGUAGCUCCUACCGAGAGACGCGCCCCGAGAUGGAGAGCAAAGCACUGUUGCUGGUAGCGCUUGGCAUGUGGUUCCAGAGUCUGACCGCCACCCGCGGAGGGGUGGCUGCCGCCGACAGAGGAAGAGAUUUUAUAGAUAUUGAAAGUAAAUUUGCUCUAAGGACCCCUGAAGACACAGCUGAGGAUACUUGCCACCUCAUUCCUGGAGUGACAGAAUCUGUGGCUAACUGCCACUUCAACCACAGCAGCAAAACCUUUGUGGUGAUCCAUGGUUGGACGGUGACAGGAAUGUAUGAGAGUUGGGUGCCAAAACUUGUGGCUGCCCUGUACAAGAGGGAACCGGACUCCAAUGUCAUUGUGGUGGACUGGCUGUCACGGGCCCAGCAGCAUUAUCCAGUGUCCGCAGGGUACACCAAGCUGGUGGGAAAAGAUGUUGCCAAGUUCAUCAACUGGAUGGCGGAGGAAUUUCACUAUCCUCUGGACAAUGUCCAUCUCUUGGGAUACAGCCUUGGAGCCCAUGCUGCUGGCAUUGCAGGAAGCCUGACCAAUAAGAAGGUCAAUAGAAUUACUGGCCUAGAUCCAGCUGGACCUAAUUUUGAAUAUGCAGAAGCUCCAAGUCGCCUUUCUCCCGAUGAUGCAGAUUUUGUAGAUGUCUUACACACAUUCACCAGAGGAUCACCUGGCCGAAGUAUUGGAAUCCAGAAACCAGUAGGACAUGUUGACAUUUAUCCUAAUGGAGGCACUUUUCAACCGGGAUGUAACAUUGGGGAAGCUAUCCGUGUGAUUGCAGAGAGAGGCCUUGGAGAUGUGGACCAGCUAGUGAAGUGUUCCCAUGAGCGCUCCAUUCAUCUCUUUAUUGACUCUCUGUUGAAUGAAGAAAAUCCAAGUAAGGCCUACCGGUGCAAUUCAAAGGAAGCCUUUGAGAAAGGGCUCUGCUUGAGUUGCAGAAAGAACCGUUGCAACAACUUGGGCUAUGAGAUCAAUAAGGUCAGAGCCAAGAGAAGCAGCAAAAUGUACUUGAAGACUCGCUCUCAGAUGCCUUACAAAGUCUUCCAUUACCAAGUAAAGAUACAUUUUUCUGGGACUGAGAGUGAUACACAGACCAACCAAGCCUUUGAGAUCUCUCUGUAUGGCACUGUGGCCGAGAGUGAGAACAUCCCUUUUACCCUGCCUGAAGUUUCUGCAAAUAAGACAUACUCUUUUUUAAUUUACACGGAGGUGGAUAUUGGGGAACUGCUAAUGUUGAAACUCAAAUGGAAGAGCGAUUCAUACUUCAGCUGGUCAGACUGGUGGAGCAGCCCCAGCUUUGCUAUUGAGAAGAUCAGAGUAAAAGCUGGAGAGACCCAAAAAAAGGUAAUCUUCUGUUCCAGGGAGAAAGUGUCUCAUCUGCAGAAAGGAAAGGCAUCUGUAGUAUUUGUGAAAUGCCAUGACAAGUCUCUGAAUAAAAAGUCUGGUUGACCCUGGGCAAAUCUCCAGAAGGAAGAACACCAGAGCAAUUCCUUCAAGAACGAAAUAACUUUUACAAAAGAUGCUUAGUGCUUUGGUUAUUUCAAAGAGAAUUUUUCUGAAUAUGAAUCCCUAAUUAAUAAUUGACUAGUUAUUUUAGGAUACAGUCUUAAAUACCCAAAAAAGUGGCUAAUUCAAUGUGAGGAAUAUACUGCCCAAAUAACACAUCUUCCAACAUUAAAAGAUCACAGAUUUGAAAAUCACUGUUUUGCCCUUAGAGAAAGAAGUAAGAAACAUUUUGGGUCAUGGUAACAUGAUAGGCCUUCUUUAACUCGUGAGUUUAACCAUAGCCUAAAAUUGAGUAGAAUCUCGUUUUUUAAUCAGAAGUCUGCAUUUUCUGGACUGAUACCUUCUCAAAGUUUUCUCCAAGUCUGAAUAUAGAAAAUGAUAUUUUUUUCUUUUCUUUUCUUUACUUUACUUUACUUUUCUUUUUCUUUUUCUUUCUUUUUUUUUUUUUUUUUGGUGACAUGAGUUGGACCCAUUACCUACUAGUCAAAACACCUGACUUUCUUGGAAUGGCUCUUCUCUUGACAUUGGGUUCUGUGUUGCCCAAGAGAACCAGGGCCUAGUGACUUGGAGAAAGAAAUAGAAAAUGAAGUUGAUAAAUCACUGAAACUUUAAGCCCUCCCUGAAGCUGAUUGCAUCAUUGCUAAGUUAAAAAUUAAAAGAGAUACAAAAUUUAGACCAAUUUGGUUUUAAUAGGCUUUACAGUUUACUGCUUAAUCUCUACCCACCAUUUGUCUUGAGAUUAUAUUUUAACAGUGCUUUCUAGGUUGAUGUUUUAAAAGAGCCUAUUAUUGUCAACUGACACAUAAUUUUAACUAUGAGAAAAGGAAAUGAUACCGCAGUUUCAUUUACCAGAUUUCUGAAAUUAUAUUCAUCAAUUUGAGGUCAUUUAAUAUUUGAUAGGCACUGUUCAGUUUUAGGGUUAUCUCAGUCAUGCUUCAGUUAUACUUUGACCAUGUCUCUUUCUUCCCUGGUUUUAAUAAGAUGAUAUGUACCAGAGGUCAAAUUUUACGUCAUACAAGUUCCUAUAAAUUUUAAACAAAGGCUAUUGUUACUAAGUUAAGAGAUGAAAAAGUAUAUAUCCAUAAACAGGGCUUAAAAACAUUGUGGGAAAUUAAAAGAAUCCUCAAUUGCCAUAGCCACAUCAAAUGCCAUGAGAGGUGUUAUUUUUAACAAUUAGUCUAGAGUGAGUGAACAGUUAUUUAUAAACUAGGUAUCAUAUUUUCAGAAUGAUCUAUAAUUAAUAUAAAUUAAUAAAGAAGUAAAAUAUUUCAAAGUCUAUUGCUGAGAAUCCAAACUGUGAACAUGUGUGGGUAUCUGAACAUAUUACUUAUAUAUGAAGCCCCACAUGUACAUUUUUUCUUCAGCAUAGCUUAGAAAGCAAACAAUCAAGAGGUAUAGCAUUAGGACAUAUUGGAGUAGAAGUUAUUCCAGAGGUGCCAGAACUUCAGCUCUUCAUUUGAGAAGUAUGGUUAUACCUAUACAAAGUAGGAUGAAUGCUGUGAUUGAUGUCAGCUAACUUGGAAUGGAUUUUCUCUAAAAAUAAAAUGUUGUAAGAUUUGUUGUUGUCA